AUGGACUUUGCUCCUCCGCCACCGUGGCAUUAUAAUUUAGACCCACCGUCGUAUGAAUUCCCGCCGAUACGUCCCUGGGUUGCCGCGGCACGCAAUCUCACGCAGAGGCAGAGGCAGCCGCUGCCGCGGCUGGAAUCCCUCCGGCAACACGAUGAGGUGCAGCUGCCCAGGACCCGCGCUACCAACCCGACGGCCCGCCUCCCGGCGUUCAAGUACAACCGGUCCGUGAAGCACAACGUGACGGCUGGAGGAGAGGAAGCGGCGACGUGCUCGGUGUGCCUCGGCGUGUUCCAGCAAGGCGAGACGGUGCGGCUGUUGCCGGCGUGCAUGCACCUGUACCACGUGGAGUGCAUCGACCCGUGGCUGGACGCGCACUCGACGUGCCCGCUCUGCCGCUCGGACGCCGACUCGACGAUUGACGGCGCUCGGCUUCCCCCCGUUUAA